GGAACCAACUCCUCGACGGGCUGACAAGCCCAAUACAUCCGUAUCUGCAUGCAGAACAGCACGGUAUUUCGAACAGUACCCGUCUAUCUUAUAAUGUACGUCUGGGAUAUGUAUAUGGUCCUAUACGUUAGUUAAUUGUUUGCUCCACCGGCGCACACGAAACAUAUCCACACUGAAAAUUCCACAUUUUUCAACCAGAUCUCAAAUAUGAAGUUUAACAUCCAAGAAAUUUCUUCGUGUUUUAUCGUCUGCUUACAGAUUUUUAGCGCGACAGUGUUGUCCCUGCAGUGUUACCAUGACGAGUACGCACCUCCGGGGCCGCUGACUAACACCACUGAGAUGGGCAACAAAGCAGAUUGGGUUAAACGCUGUGGGGUGAUGGACAACUGUCGCGCGUGCAUGACGGUGAAAACGACGACCUCACAUCAUGAGAUCGGAGAGGAUGGAAAAUCAACUAUUGCACAGAAUAAGGUCGUGUCUCGAGUCUGCGUGAAAGCGGAAAAGAAACAGAUCGACGAAGGCUGCGAGAAGCUGGGUCCAAAGGGCACACAUGACGUCACCAUAAUAUGUCACUGUUUCAAGAACAAGUGUAACUGAUUGGAAUUCAUAGUUAUUUUGGAAAGUUUCCAAAAAUAAAGAAAAAAUUAUAACCUAAUUAACUGUGCGUUUCUGCAUCAAAUAUAAACCUGUUCGAAAAUGGUUGUUAUUUCCAGUGUCAUUUGAGAUCUUUUACUUUUACUUCGAAAUCGAAAAUGACAUACUCCUUUAAAAAACAAUGGAGUUUGGAUUUCGUUAAAUGAUAAUCGUUUUCGAACCAGUUUAUAUAGGCCUACGUCAUAUGCAUGGCGUAGGCCCUAUAGAGGCUACAAUAAAGUGACAGAGGUCGACAGUAAAAUGUUAUUUUGACGGAGAUUACAAAGUAUACGAUUACGAUGAAGAUAUAUAAUAUAAGAACACAUCCCUCUAAGGGUUGGGUAUUAUUAAAACCCCUUUUUUCCAACGGACAAUUUGACAUGAAGCACAUAUGGGUCUAUCCAUCACCAGCCUACUAUUUUAUUUCAUACAGGUACACGUACAGGUCCUAAAGUCCUGUUCAUUCAGAAAUAAAACAGGCCUUUUCCAUUUAAAGAGCGACAAAACUGUUGUUGGUUUGUUUACUUUGGCUUUAUGUCGUUUUUAACAUUCCUCGAUUAAUUUAGGAUA